UAAAUUUACUAAUAGUCUUCUAAAUCUAUCACUCGAAAUGGAGGGAAAAAUGGUUUUCUACAAAUCCAAGAACAAUGUAGUAGCCAUUCUUUUCAUCCUGGCUCUAGUGCAAAUCGUGAUUGUUAAAUCUGAGAAUUGUGGUAUUACCGGAGAAAAAUGUUUAUCUUUCUUAUUUAUGAGUGAUUGUUGUCUGGGAUAUAGGUGCAGCAAAGGUGCUGGUCACAAAUGUGUAGAAGACCCCAAGCAACAUUGCACGCCUAUGGGGGGAUCUUGUGACCCAUACAACCCAUGCUGUGGAAGAAACUAUUGUUCAUACGCAAGCGGUACAUGUCAACAAUGAUUAUCAUAAGGCUCGUUUAUGUGGAGCUUUAUUUCAUUUGAAUUUGUUAGAUUGGCUAUUUUAAUGGUUGUUCCAGCUAAUAAAUAAGAAGUACUAAGGAUAUAAAGUACUCAUUUAUCAUUGUAACAAUAAUUUACAAAAUCAGUAUUAUAAUGCACUCGAAUUUUUUCAUAUGUGA